GGCCCAUGUACCAAUGGCUGCUCGGGGCUCUCCGCGCCCUCCGCGCCGCCGCCAGACCCCAACUGGCACCGCAGCCCGGCCCGGACCCGCCCAGCGCAAAGAGGCCGCCCCCCAGCAUUCCGUCACCUGUGGAAGAUCCUGACGAUAUUCCUGCAAAGAAGCAAAGAACAGAUAUUGCGCCUCACAGAAGGGAAUGUCUCAUCUGUGGGACUAACAAGAGACCCAAAGACGUUUCUGUGGCCACCCAGUUUCCACCCAAGGCAACAAGUGGAUGCCAGGAGGCUUCGGGCGGUGAUGCCGCUUCUCUGCCUGAGCCUGGAAAAGGGGCUCAGGCCACUUCUGACUCUUCAUUUGAAAGAGCAGCAGACUCUGUGGCAGAUGAGAACAGAGUACAAGUUGCUAAAAUGCCUUGUGACACCAACACAUGCUUGGCUAGGGAGAUGCUGUCCCUUUCUUACAAGGGACUUCCAUAUCUGAGCCCGAACAAGAGUAAUCACCACAUCCAACCAGCUCCAGACAGCCCUGUGACACCUAGACCCCCCAUCAAGGAGCUCCCCGUGCCAGGUCCCACCUCUCUGGGAGCCAACAGCAUGGGGAGGCCCCUGUGUGCUGCUGAGGAGGAUGUUCGUCGAGGAGAAAGCCGGAAAUACAAAGAGUUCUUGAAGCUGUUCAAGAAAAAAUAUUCUGGAGGCCUUAAUUCUCCCCAGCCAGCAAACUUCAACAUGGUUCAGACCCACUCCAAGGAAUCAGUGGCAACUGGGAGUCACUUGAAAGGACAAAAAUCCAGGGGUGUCUAUCUAAGUGUGACACAAAGGGCCAGUGUCAAACGUGGGGAUGUUUUCAGCCCUCAGUUGCCUCAGAGAGGGGUCAUGAUCAGCUACUACACACCACCAGAGGAUUCCCAUGGACAGGGAAUAGCAGAGAAACAAGCUGUUGCAGUGGGCCAGGGUGAAGCUGAAGUGUCCCAACGGAUGUUAUUCCAAUUCCAUGUGACACCUGUUCUGUCCAAGGACUUCUUUUUUGUGGACAAAGAGCCACUUCCACCCUCAGAAAAGCUAGCAGAAGACUUUGCUCCACUCACAGAGGCCAUGGAGAGGGAGGUCUCUGCUGCCUUUGGCAAAGGGGAGCCUGGUGAGAUCCUGAGCAGUGCCUUCAAGCUCAAGGUCACUCGUGAGGACAUCUGCACCCUGCGGCAGCUGUGCUGGCUCAAUGACGAGGUCAUUAAUUUCUACAUGAACCUUCUGGUGGAAAGAAGCAAGAAGGAAGGCUAUCCAGCACUCCAUGCUUUUAGUACCUUCUUUUACCCCAAACUGUGUUCUGGAGGCUACAAAGCAGUGAGGAGGUGGACCAGAGGUGUGGAUCUCUUCAAGCAGGAUCUCAUCCUGGUACCCAUUCACCUCAGAGUGCACUGGACGCUGCUGGUCAUAGAUGUCAGAAAGAAAACUAUCAAAUACUUUGACUCCUUGGGACAGAAGGGAGACAACAUUUGUAAAACCCUGCUACAAUACCUGCAAGAGGAAAGCAGGGAAAAAAGAAACCUGGAAUUGACUGCUUCCGAGUGGACUCUUCGCAGCCUGAGCCCAGAGGAAAUCCCUCAACAAACUAAUGGAAGUGACUGCGGGGUUUUUGUUUGCAAAUUUGCUGAUUCCAUCUCUAGAGACAAACCCAUCACCUUCACACAGGAACACAUGCCUUACUUCCGCCGGAAGAUGGUGUGGGAAAUAAUUCAUCAGCAGCUGCUGUGAGACAUGCACUGUUAACAAAAACACUGUUCUGUAAAAAAAAGAAAAGUAUUUAUUUCUUACUGUUAAGAUAAAUAUUUAAUUUAUGUAAGAGCCUUACUGUAAGGGAACUUUACUUGUUAAUAAAUUAGACUAAUUUAUUUUUUAAUUGAAAACCAA